AUGCGUUUGGAGCAAGGCUUGAUAAAUGCUUUAUGCAAUCGUGAUAAACUAUUGGAGUUUGAUUCUACUUGUGCUAAACGAACCAGAGUGAUUGAUGAUGAAUUAGAUUAUUUUGCAACAGAGGGUGGUGCUGGAUCAGCUGCAUGGUUAAGUCCUGAAGUUCGUGAAAGAAUCGCUCAGCGUGUAGCUGAGUUAAGAGCACAAAGACAUGCACAUCGUCUACAAAUUUCACGGAUGUGUAUUGAUUUGAAAAACUGUAGUGUCAAACAAGAGGAUACCAGAGAUGAAGCUGCAAAGAACUUGUACAAUCCAAAUGAAGAAACAAUAGAUGAACUUUGCAAAUCUUCAAAGGUAUCAAAUAACAAAAAAUCUACAGGGGACACUCCAGAAACAGCCGAAACUGACACUGACAGAAUAACCUUACCUAUUUUUAUCCCUCAACAAAUUAAUAAAGAGAAUAACAAAGCAAAUAAUAAUCAAAAUCCUGUCGUAAUGGCAUUAAAUCAGCCAAAUUCUCUCUUACGCAUACAAGAUGAUGAAUCAAGACAACUAGUUGAUGAAGGUUAUUGUUUAAGCCUUCAUCAACCCUGGGCUUCAUUAUUAGUACGUGGGAUUAAGUUAGAAGAAGGUAGAACAUGGUAUAGUCCUCAUCGUGGUUGUCUGUGGAUAGCGUCAACUGCACGUAACCCUUCUCCAGAAGAAAUUUCGGAAAUUGAAGAUGAAUAUUUAAAAACAGGCGUUGUUGCCAAAUCAGACAUGCCAACGUCAUAUCCAACCAGUUGUCUUCUUGGCCGAGUUAAUAUUGUCGAUGUGAUAACGCAAGAAGAGUAUCGUGAAAAGUAUCCGAAUGGACCAUCUCAGAGUCCCUAUGUUUUCAUCUGCAAUGAUCCGCACGAAACUCUCAUUAAAUUCCCAAUUCGUGGAAGGCACAAAAUAUAUAAGCUUGAAAAACAUAUACACAUUGCAGCUAAGAAGAACCUUGCCUAA